GCGGGGAGCCGGCAUCCUCCGGCCCUGGCUCGGCUUCUAGCGGCCUCUUCGCCUGCGCCGGUGACGGCGGCGUGCGGGCCGGGAAGGGCAGGGCGCGCUGUCCUCCACUCCGCAGCUGCCAGGCAGGCGGUGAAAGCCUCGCGCGGGUGCGGGCGCCGCCCGGGAGCUAGUGCGGGGCAAACGCGGCGCCCACGCGCUGCGGGGUGAGCUCCGCGCUCUCAGGGACCGGACUGGGAAGGGGCGCAUCUUGCAAAGUUGACCCACGGCGGGCUACCGCCGGCGUCCUGCUGCCCUAGAUUCUCCUGGUUCUGCCCGCGGAACCAGGCGUGGAAGUCGCCGCCCCGCUGACACCCGAGGGACCGGGAGAAGCCAGCGGGCGUCGGCGGGAGCCCGCGCAGCGCGAGAUGGAGGCUGCUAGAAGGGACUCGCUGGCCGGCGCCGUGUAGCCCGCUGGCCCCGGGGCUGGACCUUGCCCGGACGUUGUCGGGGAGCGCGAGCAGGGCCCUUCCCCGGGCUGCUAUGGAGGUACCCAAUGUCAAGGACUUCCAGUGGAAGCGUCUUGCUCCACUGCCUAGCCGCAGGGUCUACUGCUCACUGCUGGAGACCGGGGGUCAGGUCUAUGCCAUCGGGGGAUGUGAUGACAAUGGCGUCCCCAUGGACUGCUUCGAGGUCUACUCCCCCGAAGCCGACCAGUGGACCUCCCUGCCCUCCUUGCCCACAGCACGGGCUGGGGUAGCGGUUACUGCCCUAGGAAAGCGGAUUAUGGUGAUCGGGGGCGUGGGCACCAAUCAACUGCCUGUGAAGGUCGUGGAAAUGUACAAUAUCGAUGAAGGCAAGUGGAAGAAGAGGAGCGUCCUGCGCGAGGCUGCCAUGGGCAUUUCUGUCACAGCCAAAGAUUACCGAGUGUACGCCGCAGGUGGGAUGGGCCUGGACCUUCGUCCACACAACUACUUGCAACACUAUGACAUGCUAAAGGACAUGUGGGUGUCCCUAGCACCCAUGCCCACCCCAAGAUAUGCUGCCACCUCCUUCCUCCGGGGAUCCAAGAUCUAUGUGCUGGGGGGUCGGCAAUCUAAGUAUGCGGUCAAUGCAUUUGAGGUCUUUGACAUAGAGUCUCGGUCCUGGACCAAGUUCCCCAACAUUCCCUGUAAGCGGGCUUUCUCCAGCUUUGUGACCCUGGAUAACCACUUGUACAGCCUGGGGGGCCUACGACAAGGUCGACUCUACCGGCAGCCCAAGUUCCUCCGGACGAUGGAUGUGUUUGACACGGAACAGGGAGGAUGGCUGAAGAUGGAACGCUCAUUCUUCCUCAAGAAGCGCCGGGCAGACUUCGUGGCUGGAGGUCUGAGUGGACGGGUCGUAGUGGCUGGGGGACUUGGAAACCAGCCCACUGUCCUGGAGACAGCUGAAGCAUUCCACCCAGAGAAGAAAAAGUGGGAGGCCCUCCCACCCAUGCCCACGCCCCGCUGUGCCUGCUCCAGCAUUGUCUUCAAGAACUGCCUCCUAGCUGUGGGGGGUGUCAGCCAGGGUCUGAGCAAUGCAGUGGAGGCGCUGUACGUCUCUGACUCCUAGCUGGCUGGAGCAGCGCUUUUGCCUGGACCUUAUCACUCCGAGACUCCUGACCUGAGGAACAGAUCUCACCAAAGCAGUUUGGGCCACUUCCUCAGUCUCCAACUCUUGUUAAGAGCCAGUGGGGUCAAGCCCUGAGGCUCUCAGUGACCUCCCUCUGAACUCCCAAUCCCAGAAAGGUGAAGAAAGCAUGGCUGACUCCUCUAGUCAGUUAGAGCUGGGCUGUGGACUGGGGAGGAGGAGCCUCAUAUAGCGCUCAGACACAGAAAGGCACAUGAAUGCACCUGCCUUUCACCUACCUCCUGGGGUAAAGGGCAGUUGCCACCCAGAAGGGGAGCUGUUGUUGCCCUUCCCCAUCUCUGAGGUAGUCUGAGGGUCAUGAGAAAAACUAAUGAAGGACAGGGUACCCCCAACCCUUUGUUUCUCUUUGGUUGACAUCCAUUCCCCCAUAUUGAACUCAGCUGUGGGCCUGUUCCAGCUCUCACCUACUUAUCAGGAAUUGAACUUGAAAUUUAGGCAUUGGGUAGGAAGGAAGCCAGGGGCUCCCACACCCCUCAGGCCAGCAGAAAGGACCCUUCCUAGUAGGAUCUUGUUGGGCAUGUGAUGACAAGGUGUUACUAUCUUCUGCAUUCUGCCUUCUGCCACCCUCUCCUGGACCCAAGGCCUGCCCAUCCCGUGCCCAAGCACUCUCAGAGUGUUUCUGGGUAAACCGCAUUUACACUGUGGCUUCCAAAUCCACAAAGGGUGGAUUAGUUGCACUCUGGUUAAUAACAGCAGCACAAUGGUUGGCAUCUUUACUCCUGUCUUCUUUGGACCCUGGACACAGGGC